AUGUCAGGACCAACACCCGCAACGCAGCCGGUCAAGACCAAAUCGAAAGCCUACUCCUCCACCGUCGCCAUUCAAGGCGACGCAGCCAAGUAUCGCCUAAAGUACAAGGAGCUCAAGAAAAAGGUGCGCGAGAUCGAGGUCGAGAACGACAAACUCCAUCUCAAGACGCUCGGCAUCAAACGCAGCAUUCAGCGCAUGCGUCUCGAGCGCGCCAUCCUCUACGAGCGUCUUGAGGCGGAAUCGCAGGCGACGCCUAGUGUGGCUACGUAUCCGCCGCCGCCGCCGCAGCACUACGACAUCGACGUGCGUCGUGAUGAUCCGUAUGCAGCCGCGGGGGGAGCAGCUGCUUCGUCGAGUGGUGGAGCUAGGGGUGGGGCAGGAGAGUACGCUGGAUACGCGGCUAGCAGCGGAGGUGAUAGGAGUGGAGCGUACCGUCCAUCUUCAUCUGCAGCGCCGACAAACUCGAGAGCGCCGUACGGAUCGGCAUACGACGACUACCCUCCACCACCACCACCCGUCUCCAGGUCGCACGCACACGACCGCGCAGGAGCAGCAGCAGCGUCAUCACAUGCAAGGACCUACGCAACCUCGUCAUCCUACGAUUCGCGACAUCACUCUCCACAACCUGCCCCUCUGCCCGCUUCUUCCACGGGCGAUCGUGCAGAGCGACUUCGACAGUACACCGAGAGCGUCAGCCCCGAACCAGCGGCUAGACGCGAGGCGCGAGGUGCAAGUCCUGCGCCGGCAGCGCACUCGGCGGAGGCAGCGGCGGGAGAAGUGGGUCUGCCACAGUCGUCGUCUCGUUCCAGUAUGAAGGUCACGCUGCGCAGGGGGGUUUAG